GACGUGCAAGAGUUAUUAAUUCGUACCGGCUCACGCCACAUACUGCCUGCACCCGUUUUAAAGGACAAUAGAAAUGGCCAGUAACAACAGCAAACGUUUAUUCAAAUUUGUGACGGAAAACAUUAAACAAUCCUCCAGAAACUAUGGAACUGCUAAAAGGGUGGUGGCAGCCAAACCUGUUGUGGAGAUGGAUGGAGAUGAGAUGACCAGAAUUAUUUGGGCUAUGAUCAAAGAAAAGCUUAUAUUUCCCUAUGUGAAGCUGGACUGCCUAUACUACGACCUGGGGCUGCCGCACCGCGACGCCACCGACGACCAGGUCACCAUCGACGCCGCGCACGCCAUCCUCAAGCACAACGUCGGGAUCAAGUGCGCCACCAUCACGCCUGAUGAACAGAGAGUUGAAGAGUUCAAGCUUAAGAAGAUGUGGCUGAGCCCGAACGGUACCAUCCGUAACAUCUUGGGCGGCACGGUGUUUCGCGAGCCCAUCUUGUGCGCCAGCAUCCCGCGGCUGGUGCCCGGCUGGACCAGACCCAUCGUCAUCGGCCGCCACGCGCACGGCGACCAGUACAAGGCCCAGGACUUCGUUGUGCCCAAACCUGGAAAGGUGGAAAUGGUGUACACUAUGGCCGACGGCACGGUAGAGAAGCGCCUACUGUUCGACUUCAAGGUGCCCGGGGUCGCUCUCGGCAUGUACAACACAGACGAAUCCAUUCGCGCAUUCGCACAUUCCAGCUUCCAGGUGGCGCUACAAAAGAAAUGGCCGCUGUACUUGUCUACUAAGAACACAAUUCUCAAGCGAUAUGACGGUCGUUUUAAGGACAUUUUCGAAGAGGUCUACCAGAGCGACUAUAAGAAGCAGUUCGAAGACGCGAAGAUCUGGUACGAGCACCGGCUGAUCGACGACAUGGUGGCGCAGAGCAUCAAGAGCAGCGGAGGCUUCGUGUGGGCCUGCAAGAACUACGACGGCGACGUGCAGUCCGACAUCGUCGCACAGGGCUACGGAUCCCUGGGCAUGAUGACAUCAGUGCUGAUGUGCCCCGACGGCAAGACCGUGGAGUCGGAGGCGGCGCACGGCACAGUGACGCGCCACUACCGCAUGCACCAGCAGGGCAAGCCCACGUCCACCAACCCCGUGGCGUCCAUCUACGCGUGGACCCGAGGGCUCAUCCACCGCGCCAAGCUGGACAACACCCCCGAUUUGGCCAAAUUCGCGCUAUCUCUGGAAGAGGCAUGCGUGGAGUGUAUCGACAGCGGCAAGAUGACUAAGGACCUGGCGAUUUGUAUCCACGGCAUGGAGAACACCAAGGAGGGCAUGUUCAUGCACACUGAAGACUUCCUGCUGGCUAUCGCCGACCAGCUGGACCGCAAGCUUUCCAACUAAACGACCACCUGACCAUGACCAGCC